AUGGAUGCUCCUGCAUGGACGCGACAGGGUUGUGAAUCCUCCAAUAAAGUGAUGCUGGCGAUGAUCCGAGUGAAGCAAAAGUAUCUCGAGAGGCAUAUCGAGGCAAGUUGUCAGGCGAAGACAACCAACUCAUCUCACCGCCAGAAGUCGGCGCUUCGUCGUCAGCCAAUAGGUUUUCCUGUUCGGGAAGUAAGGCGAACAACCAGGCAGUCACUCGCCUGCCUGCGUCGUCCCUGCUCUUCCUGGUAUUUCUUCUCUUCUCCUCUUCUCCUCCCCAUCUCCGCUUCUCUUCCUCUAUUCUCUGCCAUGACCAAUUCCCCCUUCCUCCCAUCCUCCUCCCCCUCCUCCCAGAGGAACGAUAUUCCAACUAUGGCGGAUUCUACCCCAACUACAACCUCUACGCUCACCCCCGCGGCCACAGCCACGAAUACGAGCUCGUCCUCAACUGACUCUAAGCUGGAGGCUGAGCCGUCCGUUGAAAAUAACCACAAUCCCGCCAAACCAGAUUCCACACCUCCGGUUCCCGUCUCGGAGAACAAGAAGUCCCAAUGUAAGAAACACCCGGGCAAAGAAUCAGAUCCCAGUGCUCGGAAAAAGAAGAAGAACUGCAAGGCCUCAUCGAUCGCCACACCCAGUAGUGAUAGCUCUUCCAGCUCCAGCACCUCGGACUCCUCUGACCAGGACGAGUCCGACGACGAGGCCUCGAGUUCUGCCUCGGAGGUGGAGCGAAAGCAUCACAGGAAGCGGUCCAAGGCCAAGAAGAAGGCUUCCAAACAUAGUCGCAAGAAGAAGUCCAGUUCGCGAUAUCAGUCCGACUCCGAGCUGGAAUCGGACCCCGAUGCCGACGAGGAUGAAUCCUCCAUGGAUGAGAAGACCCUCAAAAAGUUGAUUCAAAUGCUCAAGCUUCGCAAGGCAAAGAAGAACCGCUCCAAGGAGGAUUCUACCGAAGACCCCUAUGGAGAUGAUGACGAGAGCGAAGACUCGGACGACGUGGACCUGCGCCUCGCGAAACUAAAAUUGAGUCGUCAGGGUAAACACCGCCGGAAACGCCACUCCGAUAGUAACAACGAUGCGCAAAAGAGAAAACGAAAGAGGGCUGCGUCUAAGAUGGCGUUUAAGCGCGUUGACCAAUUAUGGGAUAAUACCAUUCAUAACUACAAACUCACUGAGACUGUCGAUGACCCUACAGCCAAUGAAUGGGACCAAUACCUCUUCACCGUGCGUCGCAAGUUUGACUGGGAUAACAAGUAUCUGGAGACGGUCGUCGACCUAAAGAGCAAGCAUUUGCGCGAUGCGCUUGCGAAGGUUAUGGAUGGCGUGAAAGGCGUCAGCUUAGUGCAGGAGACCGCCGUGGUCGACCCAAACAUGCUAUUCCUGUACCUGGAAGAGACCCGCCAAUACAUGAAGGAUCUCAAACAGCAGGCGAAGACCGAGAAGAAGAAAAAGGCCCGGAAGAUCGCCAACCUGAAGGCCGCCCAUCUAAAGGUUCUCAUCAAGUAUCUGGACAUCGACUAUGCGGAGACAAAGAAGACCCUCUACCCGCUGCUUAACUCAAAUAUGAUCACUUUUGAUCUUCUCUGGGCACUGUUCAAACCCAACACUAUCGCGUACUCCACCACCUACGGAAAUCAAGAUGAGCCGCGCGCUUUCAAGAUUGAAUACGCAACCAAGGAGUCUUCUUUCAUGAAAGGUCAAUGGUACAGCAUCGAAGGACGCUACUUGGAGUAUGACGGGAAAACUUUCGGGAUGGGCAACAUGGCCGCUGAAGUAGAAAGCUUCAAAGGCGCCCGCAAGAUCACUAGUCUGAGUUGCUACCCGCUGAAGUAUCACCGAGAGGCAGAAGAGGUCAAGAAGAAACUUGUCGAAAGGGGUAAGAAGUUUGUUUCUUUGCGCGGAAUGAACUACCGCUUCCACAAGGGCAUGGCAUUCUACAAGAAGAAGCGCUCCGUCAUUAAGGUCAACAUCAAUGGACGAGUCAUGAUUGAUCCAGCUAUCCAUCGUCGGAUCAACCCAAACUACCCUAUCAGCACCGUGCGUCCAAAAGACCCUGACUUUCUAGACGCUUCAGAUGAUGACGACAGUGAUGGUGGUUGCUGCUGUGCCGCGUCAGAUUCUGACUCCGACGGGUACAGUCAUCACCGUCGCGACUCAGAUGUCCCUCUGGUCCGGUACAAGCUUGUCCGGGACAAGGAAGGGAAGCCUCACGUCGUGGAAGUUGAGCUGGAUGAGAAUGGAAAUGAGAUUCAGAAGGAAGAUAUGGAGGAGGUCGAAGAUCCCUCGCAACGAGACUUCACUGAAGAGGAGUUGCUCAUCGCUAGCCCAGUGGUGCUGGGUUUCGCAUUCAGCGAGAAGCUAUGGCUCGAAUUCAGCAUUUCCGGGAUCAGCGAGAUCGAGUGGAACGAGGAUGCGUUUGAUUCGCUUGUCCUCCCGGACAACCAGAAAUCCAUAGUCAAGGCCCUGGUCGAAUCACACACAUUCUGUGCCGCACAAAACAUCGACGAUGUCAUCCAAGGUAAGGGCAAGGGCCUCGUUGCGGUGCUUCACGGUCCUCCAGGAACAGGAAAGACCCUCACCGCUGAGGGCAUUGCCGAGUUACUCAAGCGUCCCUUGUACAUGGUCAGCGCGGGCGAGCUUGGAACCGAUUCAAGGACGCUAGAAGCAGAGCUUAACAAAAUCCUGGAUAUCGCCCACUCCUGGGGUGCCGUACUGCUGUUGGAUGAAGCCGAUAUUUUCCUCGAGAAGCGGACUAUCCAAGACAUUCACCGGAAUGCUCUGGUCAGCAUCUUCCUGCGUCUCCUCGAAUACUUCCAGGGCAUCCUCUUCCUCACUACCAACCGGGGUCGAGACCUUUUGACGAUGCCUUCCAGUCCAGAAUUCACGUCGCUCUUCGGGUACGGUGACCUCACCACCAAGGCGAAGCGGAGCGUCUGGAAGAUGUUCCUGGAGCGUGUGCAGGCAAUGGAGGGCGUGCAAACGGCCACGUUCACCGAGAAGGACUUUGACGUUCUAGCGCGGCAUAACCUGAACGGUCGUCAGAUCAAAAACUCGGUCCGCACUGCGCAAGCCCUCGCCGUCAACGAAAAGUCGCCUCUCUCGAUGGAACAUAUCAAACGAGUUCUCGACGUAGCUGAGACGUUCGACCAUGACCUUCGCGGAGGUACUGGAUAUCUGGAUGCAAUGAGAAGCUACACAUGA